CAAGGCUGCGGAGCGCUGACAAGCUCGAUGAGCGGGGGCGCAGCUGCGGCGCAGCGGCCGACGCCGGGUGGGCGCCCACUGCCUCCGCUCUCCGUCGUCUGCCUCCCCUCCUCGCCCUUUCCCUCCAGCCGCCCAAGACCUCCCCGGGAGACUCAGGUGCUUUACCUCAUUUCCGGAAGUUCCAAACCUGAUGAAAUCUAUCGUCUCUUUAAGGCGGUGAGUUCUUGACUCUGCUGGGCAGUAGAAGAGCACUCCUAGAUCGAAAAAUAUGCCUCCCAAGUUCAAGCGCCACCUGAACGAUGACGAUGUCACUGGUUCUGUGAAGAGUGAAAGGAGAAAUCUUUUGGAAGAUGAUUCAGAUGAAGAAGAGGACUUUUUCCUAAGGGGACCAUCUGGACCAAGAUUUGGACCUAGGAAUGAUAAAAUUAAGCAUGUUCAGAAUCAGGUGGAUGAAGUUAUUGAUGUCAUGCAAGAAAAUAUUACAAAGGUCAUUGAGAGAGGAGAGAGACUUGAUGAACUACAGGACAAAUCAGAAAGCUUAUCGGACAACGCAACUGCUUUUAGCAACAGAUCCAAACAACUUCGAAGGCAGAUGUGGUGGCGUGGAUGCAAAAUAAAGGUCAUCAUGGCUUUGGUUGCUGCUAUCCUUUUGUUGGUGAUCAUCAUUCUUACCGUUAUGAAAUACCGUACUUGAUUUGAUGACAGAGAUCUUCAUUCAACAAAAUCUGGGACAAGAAUAAUAAUAAUAAAUGGCUGCAUAAUUUAAAUGAAACCCAUGUAUAUAACUUUCAAAACUUCUUCUUCAAGAGACCUUUAAGGGGCAGGUAUCACUUCAGAUUGGAGCACUGGGAGUGUCCGUUACCUUCUUCCAUCCUGGCAAAACGUGCUUUUCGUGAUCGAGUUCAAGGCCGUGCCCACGGAUCUAAUUUGAAACUAGACACUUGCCUGCUGACUGUGUCUGGGUAACGCUGCUUCCGACUGUGUGACUUCGGCGGCACAGGACCUGGACUUGGGACUGGACUGGCGCACUUGCCUUCAGGUGCGGUGGGGAAGCCCCCGUAGCAUCCCAUCGGUGUUCGCAAUUGUUCUCCCAUUGUUACAGUCGCUUUGCAGGCAGUUUCCACACGUUUAUGGGGAUAACAAAAGCCAAGUGUUGUGAGCACUGUUGCCUUCAGCUGCGACUGAAAACAUUCCAGUAAACCCAUUUUUGGCUGUAUAAGGGAAUGCGUAGUAAUUUCUCAGAAUUGGAAUUGUGGAAAUGGGGAUUUUAAACAAUGUGAAAAGCACAGCGGCGUGGCACCAUAAAAUUGGGCGUAAUAAAAUCACUGGAGAAGAUCAUGGUAGGUUUUGAAAAUGUCCGUCAUCCAGCCACAAGUCAAGGUCCAUGUCUGAGCCUCCAAUGAGGAGGGGCCAGUCCUAACCCGAGCAAGUGAAAUCCACAGGCGGCUCACACCCGAACUCCACUGUCACUGGCCCUUGUCCCUGAAGUGCUAAACGGUACCAAAAUGGCCUGUUGAGAAUCUGAUCGAACCCUGCAGACAGGUGCUGAACCUUCAAGGGUCGUACCAGCCGACAGGAGUGACUGUCGAGUCAGGAGCCUGGGGAUGUCAAUCAGUUGCUGCCCAAAUGCUCGGGGCUUCGUUAAUCUAGUCUGGUUUUGUAACAAUGAGACACGUUAACUGAGACGGAUCAACUGAGUCAGAGUAAAAAUAAAUCCCCUUGUGUUGAAGCUCUCGUCCUGAAGUCGGAGGGUCUGCAGAAACGCACACUUGGACCUCGUGGCAUGUAAAUAAAACUCCGAAUUCAAAAUAGGGCUUAUAAGAAGUACCAGUAUUUAUAGGGGGGGAUGAUCCUAUAUAGGCUUUAUUUUUUCCGUCAUUUUAAUCCAAAACAUACCGAACAGAAUCUUCCUUUAAAAAAAAUUCGACCAGACCAGCAGUAGGAAGCAGAAGUGUUCUGUUUGAAAAGAAUGUUGAAGGGAGGAAGCAGAGCAGGAGAUACUCAAAGACGCCUGCAAGGUACGAAAGCCUCAGUGUGAUCGCUGAACUCAACAGCUCCCGAAGGAGGUUUCAGAAGAGAACAGCCUCUCGUGGGGUGAGUGCUGUCUCUGGUCUCGCUGUUCUUCGUAAGUGUCCAUUAAUGUAAAUAACGUAGUAAAUACUAAAUCUUUCAACAAAAUAGCAUGCCCAGGAGAACGAGCAUUUUGAGUAUUUCAGCAGUGAACGGAGAGCCGCAGUGGAAAUGUCUUAACUGAAUGGACAGAUCAGCCCUAACAAGUCCUUCUCUGGGGGUUGGCGCUGGACUCAUCAGUGGUUCCUUUUUCAUUAGCUCAUGUAGAAAUCUGGCUUCUUGCCUGUCAGUGAAGAUGAAGACUAUUUCUUUUUUAAAAAAUUCAUGUUUCCCUUGUUUCUUUUAAUAAAGUAUGUUACUUUUAAUGAAACAAAAAAAUUAUAAAAUUAUUUUUUAAAAAUUUAACCAUAAACAAAUAAAGGAAGUAUUUAUAUGACA